AUGGAUCUUGACUAUGGAAAGUGUUGGGGUGCUUCAAGGAAAGACUCUUGGAAGACCACUCUGCUAUUAGCUUACCAGAGUCUCGGUGUGGUAUAUGGAGACCUAAGCAUUUCCCCUCUUUAUGUGUACAAGAGCACAUUUGCAGAAGACAUUCAUCACUCGGAAACGAAUGAAGAGAUUUUCGGAGUUCUUUCAUUCGUUUUCUGGACCCUAACUCUCGUGCCUUUGUUCAAAUAUGUUUUCGUAGUUCUUCGAGCUGAUGACAAUGGAGAGGGUGGUACUUUUGCUCUAUAUUCCCUGAUAUGUAGGCAUGCUAAAGUUAGCCUUCUUCCAAACCGACAAGUGGCCGAUGCGGCUCUCUCUACGUACAUACUUGAGCAGCCUCCUGAGACGAAGAACAACUCGAGAGUUAAGUUAGUGCUUGAAAAGUAUAAAUCAUUACACACUGCUUUAUUAAUUCUGGUUCUUCUUGGCACUUGUAUGGUCAUUGGAGAUGGACUCCUGACUCCCGCAAUAUCUGUUUUUUCUGCGGUUUCUGGGCUUGAAUUGUCGAUGUCUAAGGAUCACCACCAAUAUGCGGUGAUUCCCAUCACUUGCUUCAUCUUAGUGUGCCUGUUCGCUUUACAACACUAUGGCACACAUCGGAUUGGUUCCUGUUUUGCACCAGUUGUAUUGAUUUGGUUGCUAUGCAUCAGUACGCUUGGCUUGUACAAUAUUUUCCACUGGAAUCCACAUGUUUAUCAAGCGCUUUCCCCAUAUUACAUGCUUAAGUUUUUGAGGAAGACGAGAAAAGGAGGAUGGAUGUCGCUGGGUGGAAUUCUGUUGUGUAUUACUGGCUCAGAAGCAAUGUUUGCGGAUCUUGGACACUUCUCCCAUGCAGCAAUUCAGAUUGCUUUCACCUUUUUGGUCUAUCCAGCACUCAUAUUGGCUUAUAUGGGUCAAGCAGCUUACUUGUCAAGGCAUCACCACACUAUUCAUAAGAUUGGAUUCUAUGUCUCAGUUCCUGAAAGUGUAAGAUGGCCAGUACUUGUGGUAGCAAUACUUGCUUCUGUGGUUGGAAGUCAGGCGAUAAUCAGUGGAACAUUCUCUAUAAUUAACCAGAGCCAGUCGCUCGGUUGCUUUCCAAGGGUCAAAGUUGUUCACACCUCUGAUAAGAUACAUGGCCAGAUAUACAUCCCUGAGAUCAACUGGACGCUAAUGAUUCUCUGCAUUGCAGUAACUAUUGGAUUUCGAGACACGAAACACAUGGGAAAUGCGUCAGGUUUGGCCGUAAUGGCGGUGAUGCUGGUGACUACUUGCCUCACAUCGUUGGUCAUUAUCCUCUGUUGGCACAAACCUCCGAUUGUGGCCUUGUGCUUUUUGCUUUUCUUUGGAUCCAUUGAAUUACUGUACUUCUCAGCUUCCCUGAUAAAGUUCCUUGAAGGUGCUUGGCUUCCCAUCCUCCUUGCGCUAUUCCUUGUCACUGUCAUGUUUGUUUGGCACUAUGCAACCAUUAAGAAAUACGAGUACGACCUCCACAAUAAGGUUUCAUUAGAAUGGCUAUUAGCCUUAGGUCCGAGCUUAGGCAUUGCUCGGGUGCCUGGCAUUGGCCUCGUGUUCACAGAUCUCACAUCGGGUAUCCCUGCCAACUUUUCUCGUUUUGUCACCAAUCUCCCUGCCUUCCACCGUGUCCUCGUAUUCGUUUGUAUAAAAUCAGUUCCAGUACCAUUUGUUCCCCCAGAUGAGCGAUACCUUGUGGGCCGGGUGGGCCCUCCAGCUCAUCGCUCGUAUAGGUGCAUUGUCCGCUAUGGAUACCGGGAUGUUCAUCAGGAUGUCGACUCUUUCGAAUCUGAACUUAUUAAUAAGCUGGCUGAUUUCAUUCGCUAUGAUUGGUCAGAUGUAUGCAACGAGGAUGAUGGUUCUCUAUCUGGCGCAUCAUCGGGUGAGUGUCGAUUGGCUGUGAUAGGAACAGUGACAUUCUCCGGCUUACCAACAUUUGAUAUUGAGGGAAGCAUACAACCAGCAAGCGUGUCCAUCGGGUUCCCAACAACAGACAGUAUCUCAGAUGCAAUCGAAAUGGAGCCGGUCAGUGUUGUGGAACGACGAGUGAGGUUUGCCAUUGAUAACGAGUUGGGGAACGAUACACAAUCGGAAAUGGACAUUCGACUGCAGGAGGAGAUACAAGAUUUGUAUGCAGCUCAACAAGCUGGAACUGCAUUCAUUCUUGGACACUCACAUAAGGAAUUGCAGGGGGCCAGACGUUGCUCUGAAGGUGCCNGGCCAGACGUUGCUCUGAAGGUGCCUCCGGCAUCUCUCCUUGAGGACGGGUUACUUGGAGGACCAAUAAAUUCACAGAAACUUCUCAAUUUCCUAUGGUUCCUUCAUCUGAUAUGCGGAUAUGGGAGCGCCGUUUGCUUUACUGCGUUCCUCACUAUGUUUUCGAUAGCUGCAUUUGUUGCUUUCUUCAAUAGCCUUGCAGAGGCUGGAGUCCAAGCCUUCUUAAUGGUACUCUCUCUCUUUAUUGUGGUUAUUGCUCAAAUGCAUCAUUGGGGAUAUGCUACUGAUAAUUGUGUUCUUGCUGAAAAACACUUUUGUAGUAUUGCAAUGCUCGCAGGCGAGCGUGAGUUGCAUAUACUAUGUAUUUUACACUUACAGAUAAGGUGCUUUGUUUCAAAACAAGUUGGAUCCUGUGAACAGGUGACUCAAAUUAUUUUUUGUUGUAAUAAUGAAAACUGUCUAUUGCGAGCUUACACCUGGGCCUUUUUCCAACUUUACUUUGUCUGA